AUGCCCUACGACAAUUCUAUACGUCUAUUGCGCAUCCACAAGGGUACUACAAGCGAUCCGAUCGAAGUCACUCUCGAGUUUGCCCGACUAGAUGAUACUUCUCCAGAGUAUGAAGCACUCUCCUACGUAUGGGGCUCAAGCGUUCCAGUGUCGUAUAUCAUUUGCCGCACCACACAAACAUCGAUCACCGUCACUAGAAACCUCUAUGAUGCACUCAAGGGUAUGCGGCGAGUCGAUCGAGAUCGCGUAAUGUGGGUUGAUGCGCUGUGUAUCAAUCAGCACGACAGCAAGGAGAAAGGUACCCAAGUUCGCAAGAUGAACUCUAUCUAUGCCAGCGCAGCACGUGUUGUCGUGUGGCUUGGUGCCGACGAUGCUGGUGAUGCAGAGGGCGCAUUCGGUUUGCUGUGCUGGCUUGCCAACUUGGAAGGCGAAGGUGCUCACCUUGAAACAAGGUCACAAGACCGCGUACCUAUUAUUCUGGAAAGGGAAGUCGAUUUACAAGACUGCAAUGCUUGGGCAAAAGUUAUGAUGUUCUUCUGCCAGACCUGGUUCACACGACUGUGGGUACUACAAGAGAUCGUCCUGGCUCAGGACGCUAUCUUUAUGUGGGGUGAUUAUUCAAUACCAUGGGCUCAUGUGGGCUCUGCUAUCGAAAGCAUUCGGAAAAACGAGUUGAUACAAAGCUUCCUCCAGUCGAGGAACUUUCAUAACGCCUUCCUUAUGUGGCACUUGAGUACCGUUUUCCGCAACGCGAGGCACAACCAAGAGUCCGAAACACUUCCAUUUCUCCAUUUGCUCGAUGUAGCGCGAAGCUUCGAGGUCACGGACCCGAGGGAUAAAAUCUACGGGCUGCUCGGAUUGCCAACAAUGUACGAUGACCGGAGCAAGGACCCUAUCAUCCCAAACUACGCGUUGAGCGCGAGCCGGGUUUAUACGGAUGUGACCCGCAAAUACAUAUCCAGAGAGCAGAAUCUCGACAUCCUAGCCCUAGUCCUUUGUGACUCACCAAACUCUCCGACAGACCAGGAGCAUAUUGACGAUUUGCCGUCAUGGGUACCGAAUUUCAACUCGAAGACCACGGCUUCUCCAAUCUCAAAUACGAAUGCUGGGCACCAGUACUCAACAGGUCUCUCUCGAUCGGUUCAUUUCAGAACCGGUGCUAGACCAGAGCUUCUUCAGCUCGAAGGCACUGUGCUGGACACGGUCCGCGCAAUGGGAGCAAGCAUACCCUUUGUACGAGCCCACAACAUGCAACGGCAUAUCGAGCUGCUGAUUCGGUGGUACAUCAAUGCCGGAAUCACUGUACAUGGACUUGCUAAGAUAUUGACGGGCGGCAGGGAUAGAACCGGGCAGCGCCUGCCCCCAUACCAGGAGGAAGAGAUUGUGGCAUUCUUGACGGAUACUAUGGGGGACAUUGGCGCCGGUCUAGUCGGAACACCCACUGAGGGUCUGGAUUUCAAUCGCAACGAGGGUCUCAAGUGGAAGGAGACAGUAUGGGGCUUCAUCACGUAUCGUCAACCUUUUGUCACAGAGACGGGCAUGUUUGGACUUGGGCCGCAAGGCUUGGAAGAGGGUGAUGCGGUUGUGGCAUUGUGGGGUGGACAGUGUCCAUUUGUGAUCAGCGAUGCUGGUAAUGGUCGGUGGACUCUCAAAGGUGAAUGCUAUGUGGAGGAUUGGAUGCACAGUGCUGUGGUGGAAGCGUUGGUUCGGAAAGAGAAGAAGAAGGAUGUGUUUUUCGAGUUUGUCUAA